AUGCUUCUUGUGGGCAUCACUCAGGGCGACACCGCCGACGAUGUCGCCAAGUUGCUGAAGAAGAUUCUCUCGCUCCGUAUCUUCGAGGACUUGAGCAACCCUCCUGAAACCAAGACCGCCUGGCACGGGAAGCCGUGGGCGAAACUGGUGAGCGACAUCUCCGGGGAAAUCCUCUCAGUAUCGCAGUUCACUCUUUACGGCACCGUGAAAAAGGGCACCAAGCCUGAUUUCCACAAGGCGCUUAAAGGAGAGGAAGCCAUCCACUUGUACAACGACUUUUUGGCGGCGCUUCGCCAAGGUUUAGGUGACGACAAGGUGAAGGACGGCGAGUUUGGCGCCAUGAUGGACGUCGCUCUCGUCAACGACGGGCCGGUGACGCUCGUGUGGGACACUAAAGAGUGA